CCCCGCUGCUGCUGCACCCCGUAGCCGGUGCCCAUCAGCACUGCGCCCAUCCCGUACUGCUCCCCAUUGCAGCCGCACCCGGUUGCUGGCACCCUGGCACCGCCGCUCCCGCGGCUGCUGCACCCCACAGUGACUCUGGGAGCGGGGGGGUUUAGGUUCCCCCCCAGGUUGCGACCCGGCAGAGGUGUCGGGCUGAGCGAAGGGGUGCGGGAGGACGCGGCUCCGGCGUGGCCGCGGCGUCCCCGGCCCCCCCGCUCCCCCCUGGCCGCCGGCGGGGCGGUGCUGCCGGCGCGGCUGGACGGCCCCGGCGGCCGCAGGAGCCUUCCCCCGCUCGGCCGCGGCAGGGCCGGGCUGGCCCGCACCGCCGAGCAGCAGCGGCCGGAGGAUGGUGCUCAUCACAGUAAAGCCUCGGACACCCUCGGCUAGGGAGCAGCCUGGCCAAGGAAGACAGCGAGGGUUUGCAGCCUGACCUGCACAGCUGGUACGGCACCUUGCACCCCACUGCUGGUGAACCUGCUGGAGCUGGGAGUUCUGCUGCCAGGAGGGCUGGUGGGGUGAUGAAGCUGAAUGAGCGGAGCGUGGCCCACUACGCCACCUGCGACUCGCCGGCCGACCACGCUGGCUUUCUGCGCAAGCGGGUGGAGCGGCACCACCACCAUGCCCACCACCAUGGCACCUCCUACCAGCGCCGCUGGUUUGUCCUCAAGGGCAACCUCCUCUUCUACUUUGAGGAGCGGGAGAGCCGGGAGCCCAUGGGGCUGGUGGUCCUGGAGGGCUGCACCGUGGAGCUGUGCGAGGCCGCUGAGGAGUUUGCCUUUGCCAUCCGCUUUGAUGAUGCUGGUGCCAGAGCUUACGUGCUGGUGGCUGACGGGCAGGCUGCCAUGGAGGCCUGGGUGAAGGCACUCUCACGGGCCAGCUUCGACUACAUGCGGCUGGUGGUAAGGGAGCUGGAGAAGCAGCUGGAGGAGGCCUGCAAGAGCUUGGCUGCUUGCCGUAAGUCUCCAAGGAGGUCCUCCUCCUCCUCCUCCUCUGGCAGGAAGAGGCAUCUCUCCAACCCUGCCUUGCAGCCUCUCCAGGAGAAGUCCACCACCCUGGAGAAUGGCUACUCCACAUGGAGUAGCGGUGGCUGUGUCGCCAGUGGAGCCAUCUGCACUGACCACGAUGGGGGGCAAACGAAGCCCCCGCCCCUGCCUCCACGCCGGCGCUCGGCUGCCAGCCGUGCCACAGGAUCCCCAGCACCUGGCCUCUCACCAGCCAUGCCAGAGAGCCCAGUGCCACCAGAAACUAUCUGCUUCUCCAAGCUGCACAACUGGUACGGGCAGGAGAUCGCAGUGCUGAGACGGGAGUGGCAGGAGAGGCAGAAGAGGGGACACCUGUGACUGGGGGCACAGGAGACAAGUCACUGGCCAGCAGAUGCCUCGCAGCCUGUCCUGCAUGCAGGAAGAGUGAAGUGAGGGACACUGCUUGGCCCCUGCCCUCCUGAGUGGCUGAGUGUGCGAUGUGUGCAUGCUUCACUUGGAAGGGACUCAAAUCUCCUCUAAACCUCAACAUUUAAUUUCCAUGAGGCUUUAUACAGCUGGAGAGUGUGUAACACCAGGGGAGCCACCUUUACUUAAACUCUCUCUGCUGGAAAUAGGAGCUGCCCAAAUCAGCACAUAAGCAAUGAACCUCAGCCUGCAGGCUUGGCCACUUGCUGUCCUGACAUGGUGGAUGCGCCGGGUGUUUCACCCCUACCUCUCCUUCACCACUUUUUUGUUGUUGUUUUGUUUCUCAGUGUGGAAGUUUGCUUUUGGUCAGUGCUUAUUACUGUCUGUGGUCUUGUGCCAAAGUCCUUCUGCCUUUGUUCUUUUGCUGCAGAUAGGGCUGGGCUCUUAUGAAGUGCCUCUGACAGGCCACUGGCCCCGGCGCGUGCCUCCAGCCUUGUGCCUCUCUCACUACAGGACGUGUGAGCCCCUGCAGCUGUUGCUGGCCCAGCAGCUGGGGCGCUUGCAUAGUUUUUUGCUUUCAUCUGCACUAACCCUUCUUUCAGCUAAAUCCUUCAGGAUGUGGAUAUCAUGGUCUUGCAACUGUCUCUUUAUGUGCUCAUACUCAGCAGCAAGCCUGAAAUGGAGACACAGAGCUUGGCCUGAAGCCUCAGAAGGACACCAGGAGCACCCCAGGGCUGACCUGGACUCUGUCAAGCGGUAACCAAGCCUGGCAUCUCUGGCUCAAGGUUUCCCUGUUCCUAUACGGGGAUGCUAAAGCCUCUUUGCCUGGGCAGGAGUAAAUUUGUCAGCUUUUGUUCAGACCACAGCCCCAGCAAAGUGCCAUAAAGCCCCUGCUCAGUCAGCUCAUCGGGCUGCUUGCCCAAGAGGGUGUCCAGAGCCACACUCCUGCAGGGCCUCUCUCAGUGUUGUGGCUCUGCCCAGUUCCCAGCAGGGCUGCACAGUUGGAGGAGAGGCUUUGAAGGGUGGGGAGGGAGAGAGGCCUGGUCUCAGGAGGAGAAGUGAAGGUGUGGGAGUGAGUUAUGGGUGUUGGCAGUGUCUGGGCUCUUCUCUCCAGCGUCAAAGCCGUGUCGUUGCCUUCUACUAAGCCCGCACCUGGCCUGCCGGCGCUUCCCUCUGAUUUCAUGUCAGCAUUGCUUGGCUGAUCUCUGCAGCACAUCCUAUCCUCCCAGCGGGCUGGGAGGGCUGCAGGGAGGGCAAGCCUGUCACCUCACUAUGGAAACAGACUUGUCCAUCAGUAGGUCAGAAACCUUGGCCACGAGGCACACGGUACAAGUAGGUGGGUGCCAAGUCCAGGGACUAGAACACCCUUGGGAUGGGGUUUAAAAAUCUCCCUUAUCUAGCUGCAUGCUUCCCAUCUAAAAACGUUAAACCUGUUUUUAUUGUCCUUUUUUAUUAAAGAGCUUUGCUAGGAAAGCAAAAGCCCAUUUCAGAUCAUGACUGGCUGGAACCUUUCUGGACUUAAACACACUCAGCUUCCUACUUUGCAAUAGCCCGUAGAGAUAGCCAAUGCAGAAAUCAAACUAAUUCUGUUAACUCUUGGUGCCUUUUAAAAUAUGUCUCUGAUAGUUUUGGAUGAUGAGCUUCCGGCCUCCUGCCUAAUUAUGGCUCGAUGGUAUAUUAGAGGAAAUCAGAUCUUAAAUUAGAUCUUACAAAUGACUUUGGGCAGUGAGAAUGUAACCUUCACUUGUGAGUAACACAAUCCAGUCCUCUCCAGUUCGUGGUUGUAUUACUUCACAGUAAGUGUCUUCGAGUUUGGGAGGAUUAGAGGAUUAUUUUUGUUCGGCUUUUGUGAAAACAGUUCAGAAAAACUGGGAGCAGGUGGCCAUGGGGCAAGGCCCUGGCUUCCUCAGCAGCUUAGCUGGUUGGAUGUAGGGGCCAUUACUGCCUCCCUACCCUGCUGCUCGAAGAGUUCAGUACUGCAGCAUUCCUGGCUGCAAAUGUGUCCCUUUUCCCAUGCCAGGACAGCAGCAUCAGGGGAUUGCACUACGUGCUGCCUUCUUGCUCUGAGCAUGGGUAUUUUGGGACCAAGGUCAAAUUUGUCAAGCAUUUUCCUGUGGUCAUAUUUUUUUAAUGUAAUACAGAGAGAAUAUUCCUGAUGUCUCAGAUUGACAUAAGGCAGAUUGACAGUCAAGACUCAACUUGCAAAACAAAUCAAAAUGUAGUGGCAGUUCCUACAUGAGACACAAGAAUUGGGAGUGACUUGAAGGGGAAGAUAAAUUAACAAAGCCAGUUCUGUCAGAACUAAAACUGAGACAGUAUUAUUCAUUUAAGGGCCGUUUCACUUUUAAGAAGCUUAGUGUGUUUAAAUAAGCCAGGAUUGUGCUCGUAACACUACUAAAGAGCUUAUACUUAAUGCUUUAAUCUGUCCCAUUCAAACGGCACAAUUUCCACGCUACCUAUCUUUGCGUUAGCCCAUAUCCCACCUAAAUCCCAAAUCCUGCAAAUGAGGCACUGCGCUCCGCUUUCCAUCUGAUCGCGUUUGGAAUAAUUUUGUGUUUUAUUCUGCAGUGCUGACAAGGAAAUGGCUGAAUCCCUAUCCA